AUGAAAAAAACCGCUCAAAUUUUACUUUUAGCCGCCACCGGAUUUGAAGAUAUCGAACUGAUCACCAGCGUUGAUGUUUUUAACCGCGCUGGCUUUGAAGUCACGAUCGUUUCGCCCGAAGACAAAGAGUUAGUCAAGGGCAAAUAUGUGGCCCAAGUCGCCAGUCAAAAGAUGUCAAGUAUCGAUCGCUGGGACCAGUUUGACGCGCUAGUUAUUCCGGGCGGACCUGGUCACGCGGUUUUGCUCAAAAAUGCCAAGGUGCUCAGUUUAAUUAAACGUUUUAACGCGGCUCAGAAACUAAUCGGCGCUAUUUGCGCGGCUCCGCAACUACUGGUAAAAGCCGAAAUCGUCCAAGAGCGUCCGAUUACGGCUUACCCCGGUUACGGCCUGACCAAGACCAACAAAAAAACCGCGCUGGAAGUAGCGGAUAACUUAAUUACCGCGCGCGAUUUUGAACAAAGUCUCUCUUUUGCCCAGGCGAUUGUGGAAGCGUUGGGCGGUCAGAUUGAAGUUUAG